UGAUUGGGCAGAUUGGCUACACCUCCACCCGCCUUCCGGUGUCACGCGACCGCCUCCGCCUCCCACCCUUCCCUGUCUACAGCCGGGCUGGCCUGGCCGAUGAGGAUAAAUUGGGACGGCGGUCGGGGAAGUGAGGAGUCUGACUGCCGUCAGGUCUGCGUCCGCGACCAUGGCCGAGUGUCAAGCUCAGAAUAAAGCCAAGCUCAUCUCUGAGACCCGACGGAGGUUCGAAGCUGAGUAUGUGACAGACAAGCCAGAUAAAUAUGAUCCCCGUGACGUGAAAAGGCUACAACAAGAUGAUAACUGGGUUGAAAGUUACUUAUUUUGGAGACAUGAUGUUGUCGAUGAAACACUGAAGAUGCUUGAUGAGAGUUUUCAGUGGAGGAAAGACAUGGCCGUCAACGAUCUGACUGAAUACUCUAUUCCCAGAUGGUUAUUGGAGAUUGGAGGCAUCUAUCUCCACGGUUAUGACAAAGAAGGGAACAAGUUGUUAUGGAUCAGGGUGAAGUAUCACAUAAAAGACCAUAAAACCAUCCUGGACAAAAAGAAGCUUAUCGCCUUCUGGCUGGAACGUUAUGCUAAGAGAGAGAAUGGAAAACCCAUAACCGUGAUGUUUGACCUGUCAGAAACUGGGAUCAAUAGCAUAGACAUGGAUUUUGUACGCUUUAUCAUCAACUGCUUUAAGAUUUAUUACCCUAAAUACCUCUCAAAAAUAGUGAUCUUUGAUAUGCCUUGGAUAAUGAACGCUGCUUUCAGAAUUGUGAAAUCCUGGCUGGGCCCAGAAGCAGUGAGUUUGUUGAAGUUCACAAGUAAAAAUGAAGUCCAAGACUAUGUCAGUGUAGAAUUCCUGCCUCCCCACAUGGGUGGAACUGAUCCAUUCAAGUACAGCUAUCCACCACUAGUAGAUGAUGAUUUUCAGACGCCAUUGUGUGAAAACGGGCCUAUUGCCAGUGAGGAUGAAGCGUCAAGUAAGGAAGAUAUAGAAAGUGAUGGCAAAGACACCUUGGAAACAAUUUCCAAUGAAGAACAAACAUCUCUUCUGAAAAAGAUAAACAUAAGCGAACCUACUUCCAAAGCAGAAGAAAAUGAAAAAGUUGAUUCCAAGAUAAAAGCUGUCAAGAAACCAUUGAGUGUGUUUAAAGGGCCCUUAUUACACAUCAGCCCAGCGGAAGAACUGUAUUUCGGAAGUGCAGAAUCUGGAGAGAAGAAAACUUUAAUAGUGUUGACAAAUGUAACCAAAAAUGUAGUGGCAUUUAAGGUGCGAACAACCGCUCCAGAAAAAUACAGAGUCAAGCCGAGCAACAGCAGCUGUGACCCCGGUGCCUCGGUGGAUAUCAUUGUGUCUCCCCACGGGGGUUUAACGGUGUCCGCCCAAGACCGGUUUCUGAUAAUGGCUGCAGAAAUGGAGCCGUCGUCCGGCUCGGGCCCCGCAGAAUUGACGCAGUUCUGGAAAGAAGUGCCCAGGAACAAAGUGAUGGAGCACAGGUUAAGAUGCCACAUUGUUGAAAGCAGUAAACCAAACACUCUCACAUUAAAAGACGGCGCUUUUAACGUGUCAGAGAAAACCAGUGAAGAUAUGUGUCUACAACUCAAUCGUUUACUAGAAAGCAAUAGGAAGCUUGAAGACCAAGUUCAGCGUUGUAUCUGGUUCCAGCAGCUGCUGCUUUCCUUAACAGCGCUCUUGCUUGCUUUUGUCAUCUCUCUCUUCUAUUUGUUGUACAGUUAAAGGAGUGGCGCUCGGUAGGGAACGCGGUUCUUCCAUCCAUUAGUUGGAAAGAGUGAGGCCCAGCCCUUCACCACGCUACUAACAGUGUCACGUUGUCUGUGCUUCCUAAGAGGAAAUGUGUGGCAAGUUUAGAGGGGAACAGAUACGUGUCUUGAAAGUAAACUGGUAAAAUACAGAAACACUGAAGAAAUUGGUAAGAGUCUAGCUAGUUAGUAAAAUAAGUAAAGGCCUAUCCAUUGUGUAAAUUCAUAGUUUAGAUCUAACUUAUUUUUCCCUUUCGAUUUGAGUACUUUCAAAGCUUGAGUUUUAUCGUGUGAGUAUACAGAACUGAGAAGUAUAACAUGCUUUGUCGCAGCCAAAAAAAAAAUGUAAUCUGCUUUUUUAUGACAUGAUUAUUAGAGUUGAGCCAACUUACUAGCUUUUCUAUGCUGUGUAUAUAGAACGUGUAUAUCGGGGGGGACAUGCAGAGUAAUUUCUGUAAUCAUGACUUUGUAAUUUUGAGAACUACUUCCAGAUGCUAGUCAAUAACCUUUUGGAAUGUAAAACUAUUUAAUGCCAAACAACCUUUUGCCUUUGUUUCGUAUCCGUCUUCCUUAACAGCCUGCCUUCUAUUAACCUUGGACUUUUUUAUGAACACUCAUUGAGGUAGAAAUUUGGAAGGCUGAGUUUGGUUGGAUUUCCUGUGUUCCGCUCUUUCAUAUUGUUUACCGUGUCUGGCCCCUGACCUGCUCCCUUCAUUUAUUUAAAGCCCUGAUCAUCUUCUAUUGCACUAUCUUCACCCUAUUUUCUUAAAUGAAGGGAGUUAGGAUAAAAAUUUUUUGCAAAGUUAGCGUUUAAGAUUCAUAGCAGUAUAAUUCUUUUCCAUUUCCGUUCCUUGUUACAAGUCAGCCAUGGAGAGGGAACUUGACAAAAGACUGGAGUAUCUAUGAGGAUGGGGAAAAAAGAAAAAUCAAAACUCAGGUGUCAGCUCUCCCUAUAAGAGUGGAAAACAUAACUCAUGAUCCAUUUAAAGCCUUCAGACCGGGGCUCGGUGACUGGCCUGAUGCCCUGCCCUUUGCACAGUAACACCCAGGAUGGCUCCCGGGUUCCUAAAUAGAAACACCAUGCCAGGAGCAGAGGCUCCGAAUUAGUUCGUUCUCGUUAACAUGACCGGUUCCGGUCCAUGUGGGUUCACACCUAAAACCUCCUUCCUAUGAAAAGAGAAAUAGUCUGCCUGUAAAAUGAAUUUGGAGUUUUGAUUGAGCCAUGUUUGGAGAUAUUAUUUUUAUUCUGAAAUGUAGUGCUGGUGGCUUUCAUCUAGAGAAGUUGAUUCCAAAAGUGAGUUCUGAAGAACCAUAUAAUAGAGUCCCUUCACAACGGGCCUAUGAAAUCGAACCUUAAAAGGACACUGGUCUGAUACUUUGUCUUAAUGUGGGUUUUUCUGUUUCAGUUUGCCAACUCCAGACGCGAAAGUGACUGCAGCCCACCCUAAGUACUGCCCAUAGCCGCCCCUCUGUGUCUGUGCACAGCGGUUUCCCCUUACACGUUAGAUUCCUGGCUUUAAUAUAAUCCGAUCCCCAAAUGUAUGCCUUUUGUUCCUCGGCCAAUAAAUGAGGGAAUAAUUUAGUCAAAAUUGGAAAUGCAUUGUCCUAACAGUGUCCCUUUAACGUUUCAUAUAAAAAUUACAUUGACGUACUAACACGUUCUUCCCUGACAUCUGGGCAGUUGAAUUUCACAACAUAUCUUGUUAACAUCUGUGUGUGUGUUAAAUGUGACUAAGCAAAAUGACAGAUUUCAUCUACUAUGAAAUCAAAGGCAUCUAAACUUCUGCACUUGUAUUGAUAAAUCUCUAUAUUUCCAUUUGAUUUUAUUCUGUCUUCCUUUUAUUUAAUUACAUUUGUAUGAUUAUUUGUGGUACUCUAUAAUUAUUUUAUUUUGAAUCAAGUCAUUAUGUUUUUAUGACCAAAUGACCAAGAACCAACAUACAGGUUUAGAUUGUUUUCACUUGACGAUGGUAAUUAAUAGAUUUUGCAUGAACAUAUUAAUGAGAUAUCAUUAGUUUGAUCUGCAAGUAGCCUAAAAAUGCAAUUGCUGGUAAAUCUAGCCUCAAAUUUCAUAAUAAUAGCAUAACUUUUUAUAUCUUGCCAUUAAUUUUGACUGGGUUUAAUAGCACUUUAUUG